CUAUUCUCAGUGUGCGUGCUGUACAUUUCAUUUAUUGCCAGUCUCCUGUCAAAGAAAGAACAGGAAAAAAGAAUUUAUUUCAGCUUCUUGAGUUUUAAGUUUUAAGAACAAGCAAGGGGAGAAUGGCGGAACAAAACGAUUCCAACGGAAACUACGACGAUGGUGAAGAGAUCACCGAGCCAGAGCAGCUGCGCAAACUGUUCAUCGGCGGCCUGGACUACCGCACCACCGAUGAGGGCCUGAAGGCUCACUUCGAGAAGUGGGGCAACAUUGUCGACGUGGUGGUGAUGAAAGAUCCCAAGACGAAGCGCUCUCGCGGCUUCGGUUUCAUCACGUAUUCCCAGUCGUACAUGAUCGACAAUGCGCAGAAUGCCAGGCCCCACAAGAUCGAUGGACGCACCGUGGAGCCCAAGAGAGCUGUGCCACGCCAGGAGAUCGAUUCCCCGAAUGCGGGUGCCACGGUAAAGAAGCUCUUUGUGGGCGGACUUCGUGACGAUCACGAUGAGGAGUGCCUGCGAGAGUACUUCAAAGACUUUGGCCAGAUCGUGAGCGUGAACAUUGUUUCCGACAAGGACACCGGCAAAAAGCGCGGCUUCGCCUUCAUUGAGUUCGAUGACUACGAUCCCGUAGACAAAAUCAUCCUCCAGAAGACCCACUCCAUCAAGAACAAGACCCUGGACGUGAAGAAGGCUAUUGCCAAGCAGGAUAUGGAUCGGCAGGGCGGCGGAGGUGGCGGACGCGGAGGUCCUCGAGCUGGCGGACGCGGUGGUCAGGGUGACCGCGGCCAGGGAGGCGGUGGCUGGGGAGGCCAGAACAGACAGAACGGUGGUGGCAACUGGGGCGGAGCUGGCGGCGGCGGUUUUGGCAACAGCGGCGGCAACUUUGGAGGCGGUCAGGGCGGCGGCUCCGGCGGUUGGAACCAGCAAGGCGGAAGCGGAGGUGGUCCAUGGAACAACCAGGGUGGCGGCAACGGCGGCUGGAACGGUGGUGGUGGCGGAGGAGGCGGCUACGGCGGCGGAAACAGCAAUGGCAGCUGGGGCGGUAACGGUGGUGGAGGUGGUGGUGGCUUCGGCAAUGAAUACCAGCAGAGCUACGGCGGCGGCCCACAGCGCAACAACAACUUUGGCAACAACCGUCCAGCUCCUUACAGUCAAGGAGGAGGUGGUGGAGGAUUCAACAAGGGUACGUUGGGUAACCAGGGUGGAGGUCAAGGCUUUGCCGGCAACAACUACAACACCGGAGGUGGCGGCCAGGGUGGAAACAUGGGAGGUGGCAAUAGACGUUACUAGACAAGGUAAACACACAUAGAGAGAGAGUGUCAGUUCAAGCUAGACGACAAACAGGCAGUCUAGGCAGGCAGAUGCAGAGGCACAAGCACAUUCACAGGCAGGCAAUCAGUAGCAUGUGUGUGUCAGACCAGGCAGACAAGAUCAGAACCAAGAAAUCAAGAUGCAGAACCAAGAACCAGGCCGUGCGCAAGUGCAAGCAAUCAAUCAGGUUUGGGUCCGGCCGCAACCUGCAGGCUAAGGCCAUAACCCACUUGUCAAAAGCACCAAGCAAAUGAUUAUGCGUCAAGCGAAACAAAACGAAAUCCAAUCGACACCACUUGUCCACAGUUUGAAUGCUGCUAUCUCUCUUUUGUAACCAUUAAUAAUUCGCUGAUGGAUUUAUGUUUAGGGUCCUAAGAACCCUGAACGCUUAGUUUUAACCAUAAAAAAAAAAAACAACAAAAUAUAAAUUAAACAAUAAUUUUAUUGUACAAAAUUGACUACCAACUGAACGACACGGAUUCUCCUUGUGCUCCAGUCGUUGUAAGGGUGUUAUAAGGUAGAGUACCUUUCUUGAUAUUUAUUCAUGAUUUUAUAUUUUUUUAGCGAUCCAGCGAAAUGUAAGAAAUCAAAUAGUACAAUAUUUUGUAAUCACUUUUUUUGUACAACUAAGAACCUUUAUGAUUUGUGGCAAGCAAGAUCCCAACUCCUGAAAAGCGAAUGCCACGCACAUUUGUGUACAGGCUGCACAGUGGCCGCGAAAUGGUGUCCUAGCAAGCAAAAUCCAUAUAUGCAUACCAACUCUGUUAGUCCAUAAGAAGUAGAUGCUAGCUACGCUAAGCCAGACUAAAAAGAAAAACGCUAAACAAAUAUCACAAACAUUCUGUAAUUAGUUCGUUACGAGUGAAACGAAAGCGACAAAAGAGAUACAAGCAAAAUAAAAUCCUAACCAAUGUUACCUACCCACCCAAAAUGAAA